UGACGUAACACAUAUUCUCGCAUUUACUUGUGGGCAAGUCCAGCAAACCGCAUUGUGACCGUAACGUUAAGCCAUAUGGUCUAGUUUAGACAAUCGGUUGGUAGAUUGAUCAUUUUCGUUCGUGGCAAGGCAUAAUGGCUGCAUAUGCAAUGACAUUACGCGUUUGGAGAAGAGGACUAAGUUCAUUUUGCACAAAGCGAAACACUUCAUUUCAUGCACCAGAAGUCAGGUUCUACAGUGUGCUGAUGAAAGGAGCAACACAGAAUGUAAAUGGGGUGGACCUGUUUUACCAGCGAACUGGCACAGGACAACACGCGGUCAUGCUACUCCCUGGGGCAUUGGGAAGUGGAGAGACAGAUUUCGGGCCCCAGAUAGAGUCCCUGAAUAAACGCCGCUUCACCGUGGUGAGCUGGGACCCGAGGGGAUAUGGGAACUCCCGUCCGCCGGAGAGAGACUUCCCCCCGGACUUCUUUGAACAGGAUGCCAAGGACGCUGUGGACCUAAUGCUUGCAUUAGACUUUAAGCGGUUUUCAUUGCUGGGCUGGAGCGACGGCGGGAUCACUGCACUGAUAGCAGCCGCGCGCAAUCCCUCCCUCAUCCAGAAACUGGUCGUGUGGGGAUCCAACGCUUAUGUAUCGCAAGAGGAUGUAAAGGUUUAUAACGCCAUCAGAGAUGUGUCAGCCUGGAGCCCCAGGAUGAGGAAGCCCAUGGAGGACAUGUACGGGGCCCAGGGCUUCCCCAAACUCUGGGAGGCCUGGGUGGACGGCUUCAGCCAGUUUGCCCAGAGGCCAGAGGGAAACAUCUGCCGGGAGCUGCUGCCCCUCAUCAGCUGCCCCACGCUGAUCGUGCACGGAGAGAAGGACCCCUUAGUGCCAUCCUGCCACCCGCAGUACCUGCUGCAGCACAUCCAGGGCUCACGCCUGCACCUAAUGCCAGAAGGGAAACACAAUCUGCACCUGAGGUUUGCAGCAGAGUUCAACCAGCUGGUGGAGGAGUUCCUCGGUGACUGAGAGACUCCUCCUAGCUGCAGCCAGGAGGAACUGCAUCCGUCUCAUUAGGUCAACUAAGAUUCUUCAGUGUAAUAGCAUGCAACUACAUUCAGGAGGGCCAAUGGCCUACGGGAAAAUGAAAGGGAAAAAUAUUUCAGAAAUAAAAUUGUACCAAGGAAUGUAAUCAUAAUUUUUUUUGUGAAAAAAUGUAAUAAAUAUUUUUGAAAUCAA